AUGAGCCUGCUGACCAAGAUUGAGCAACACCAUGACAAGCUGUUGCAGCACUGUGAUGCAAGGAACGCUGUGAUUGGUCAAACACAACUGCGCACUGCCACAUGCGGUAAUUCAUUUGUCGAUGUCACCAUCAAAAUGUCUAACAUGCUCAACGUCCAGCCACCACUUUACAGAAUGAAGUCCAUGGGCAGCGUCUCGACUAAUCGCAAUGCAUGUUCAUGGCUAUCAGACUGCAGUGGUAAACCUCUUCUGCAGCUAAGCAUGCGUUGUCCUGCAGCCGCAAAGAAGGCCGUUUUGGAUUGGCACACAAAGAAGAGGCUGGUUGCUAAGAGGAACAGCACACCACAGCAACGCGCAAAGCUGACAACGAGCAUUGGCAUUGAGCAGGCUGUGCUGUUCUUGCAUGUUGUUAUUGGCGAUCUGUUGACGCUGCAGAUCCCAACCUCGGUGAUUGAAAUUAAUGAGUCGGAGAGGAUUCAGUUCUCCGAGCGGAGGAUUACUCACGUACAUAUCAGAGCCAAUGGAUGGUAUCAACAGACGUCUGGAGGGGAAACGCAGGCGCCAGAGCGGAUUUACUCGAGAUAUCAGAACCAUCUGCACCAAUACAGCCAUGAUAGCCCAGAAGUGCAUUUGUGA